AUGUAUGAGGAUAUUCAGGAACUUGCUUCAGGAAAGCUCAGGGCAGAUGAAACCCUGAAGCGAGGAAUUUUGCUGGCGAAUCACACUGAGUGUAAAAGUCAAGGUGGAGCGCCAUUCAUUAUCCAAAUCGCUUCGGUUGCCGGAGAACAGUAUCUGAGUGUCCUCAAUGAUCUUAGUCAUCCAAUAGUUUUGGGCAUGGAUUUUGCUCUCCAAUUUGGAGUGAUAAUUGACAGCAAAACUAGGACCUGGCGAUUCAGUGGCAGCCCAGAGUUUUACCCAUUUGAGUUGGUCUCUUGUAAAGAAAGAAGCUCGGACUGUGCUGAAAUUACUUCAGAGCAAGAUCAAGACUCCCAGGAGUUCCUCAGAGGCGAGAACCCUGAGAACUUUCCUGAUUGGAGAAUAGUCGACGACCGUCUAAAUUAUCAUCGCCCGGAUCCUUUAAAAUCGAUUGUUAGGGAUGAUACGGCUUGGAAACUAGUCCUGAAGGAUUCUGAGUCUGAACUGGGUGAUCUUGAUUUAGACCAGGAUGAGUGGAAGCAACGAGUUAGUCGCUUGGACGAACUCAGACAUAAAAUUGAGAAUAAGAUGCAGAGAGAGAGUGAAAGACAGGCUAGGUAUUAUAAUCAAGAUAGGUCAAUACCGGAAGUUCAGGUCGGGGAUAAAGUUUUCUAUCCGAACCGCAAACUUAGUAGUAAAGCUCAGGGUUAUAGUGCUAGUCUGGGAAAUAAAUAUCUUGGUCCGGCCACGAUUUCUAGAGUAGUUAGUCCGUUAGUCGUAGAACUAAUGGAGCGCCAGGGACGACGUUCCCGAGGAGUUGGCAGAGCAGAGAUGAUGAGAAGGUGUGCCAGUCGCCGAGAAGUGCCUAGGUUUGGUCGGGCAUAUGGAGUAGCGCGUCGAGCCACCAGGGCUCAGUCUGGUUCAUUCCAGAUCGGCAUCCUCAGUGAACCUCCAGCAGGGAGAGUUAGAGCUCCAAGCCGAUCAGCCUUUGAUCGACUUGGUCCAGUGAUUUCCCCGAGCCGAUCAUCCGCUCCAGGAAUGACUGAGCAGAGUGGGGGACGGUUGCCGUUUCGUGAUUUGGCAAUCACACUUCAUGUGGAUUCGGAGCAGGCCGCUGGGCUACCCGAUCCUCGGCCAAGUGUUCAGCUGGCUUGCCCAGGUUUGAUAGCAACUGAAGCGCCCGAAAUAAAUAAGAAUUCUCCACCAGCAACUCUUGAAUCAACCGUGGAGCCUGUCGCCGAAGCCCCAAAACGGCGUACUAAGGAACAGAAACGUCGUCAGUACCGAAAGCAGAAGCUGCGCGAGUUGCUGGACCGACCCGACGCUAGUCCAGAGCGUUUGAAGAAUUUAUGCCGGCACCUGACAGGUAGCUCAACUGCUGCCCGGCGUUACUUGAGUGGGAAUCAACCGUCUCACUUUCACCCCGAGAACUCUACAACUGAGGAGUUACGUCCGGAGAAACGGCAGCUGGAGGUGUUGGAGUCUGUUCCGGAAAUAGCUGAUCAGCAAGAGGAAGCUCGUGGUCUUCCGAUCCUUCCUGAAGCCGAAUACUCGCCACCGAGACCUCGUGUAGAGGGACUGGCUGAAGCGAACGUUCAGGGGGUAAGACCUGAAGUCUCGGGAAACCAGGUUCAACAGGUACAGAAAAAGAAGAGGAAGAACAGGAGGAAGAAUAAGGAACGAGGUCCCGACUAG